AUGUACAAACCGACGAAGAUUUAUAAUAGAGAGAAAAAGGAUGAAAUGUUAAAAAACGUGAAAGUUAUGAGGUGGGAAGCAAGGAAUCAACGUGAUGCAUUAGCACCUAUCCUUUGGCUCAAUUGGAUACUUGGACUGGGUGUUUUUGAAUUAGCAAGGCGUCCUCGAUACGGCUUGUCUGUAAUUUAUAAUUUGAUAUGUAUCACAUUAUAUCUUAUCAUGCUUUCCGAGUUCAGAGGAUUUAACGAAGAAAAUUGGGUUGCAUAUCAAGAAAUCACUUAUACGUUUAUUUUAUGGGUCAACAUAACAGUAGCCUUUAUCUCGAUUAUUCUUGGAUUCGUUAAUACAGAAAAGUCGAGGAAAAUUAUCGCAAGGUGUGAACAAAUAGAUAAUACAUUAGAACCGUUCGGCGUUAAACAAGAUUAUACGAGAACCUUGCGAUAUGCAAUAUGCGCGACAUUCACAUGGAGUAUACUGAUGUUGAGUCUUUUUGCCCUAGAUAUAUUUUGGCUCAUAACUGAACUUGAUCUGAAGCAUGGAACAUACUUAUGUAUUUUAGUACACGUCCCAAUUACCGUGAAUUCUGCGGUAAUUUUCAGUUUCUGCAUGUUCAUGAGGUAA